GGCUUCUUGCGCGGUUGUGUCCACGCUGUAACUUGACAGGUCAGUGUUGCUAAAAAAAAAAGACAGGCCAGUAAGGCCUCACCCCUUCGCCGUCGGGCACGGCGGCGGGGGUCGCCACCCACUUCGACUCCACACCAGGGCACCGCCGCACGCCCAUCGAUCGGGCAGCACCGGAGCUGCUCUACCGCAGUGAUGUGCUGCCCCCAAUUUCUCGUACAGCUCGGGUUUCGAGGCGCAGGCGCUGCAGCUCGCGGACAAGUCGAGGAACUGCCCAUGGCGCGAGCGGCGAGACUAAGGUUUACAUGAAGAGGGAGAACGUCAACAGCUGAAAUUCUGGACUGGAAAAGGAGUAAAAUGCAUUAGUGCACCCUAAACUUGCUGGUCCUGGCGUACCUGAAACAUACGAGUUCGCUGUACAGAGGCUGGCCACGUCAACGUGGGGAAGUAAACUUUGUGUUCGGCCCCACUAGUCGUACAGAAUUUCCCAUCUGCCCUCAUCUGUACGAGACUCGUUCUCUUCUUCCCCUGUUUCGAGUCAGGAGCAGGGACGCGAACACGCGGUGGAAGGGACGGUUGAUUGGCACCUCUGCCGGUCCAUGCGAGCAGCGGGGACGGUGGAGGAACGAAGGGCCGCACUGCAGUAACUGCAGGCGGCGGUGCACGGCAGCGAUGGUCGGCCCUGUACAACGCCAUGAGAAAGGGGCGGCGCCCUCGUACGCGGAAGACAGUGACUUUUUCACUUUGGAGUUCGUUCAUGGAGGAUUUUUCCAUGGCAGUGGAAGAAAUAGAGCCUAUCUGAAUGGGAAAAAGACUUGUUAUGAUUUUUGUGAAACUGGGUGUGUAUGCAUGAAGAUGUUUGAAGAUUUGGUAGAGCAUAUUGGGUAUGAGACGGCUGGUAGGGUUUCCAUGUACUGGUUGCUACCUGGCUCUCAAUUGAAUGAAGAUGGUGCAAGGCUAUUAUCGAAGGAAGAAGAAGUUUGUAUUGACAUUGUGAGAAUGGUAAAAGGAGGGCACCGAUACUUGAUGAUUUUUCUGGAUCAUGGAAACAACUACAAUGGUGGACGAGGAUCAGCGUGGGAUGUCGUGGUUGGCACUCCACCGACAUUUUUACCUCCUGUUAUCAGUCCUAAGAAGAAAAUCAUGGGUGAUGUUAGUAGUGAAGAGCAGAGCACAGUGGAUGGCAGUUAUGUUGACGUCAACACUAUAUGUGAGGCCAAUGAAUUUGCAAGCAAUGAGGAAGUUGUUAGGUUGAGGCCAAGAGCAAAGCAAGGUGAUGUCAAUGAAGAAGGAUGUGACGGUGAUGAUGAUAGUGAAGAUAGUGAUUAUGUUCCCGAGAUUGUGGACAGUGAUUACGAUUUGGAGGAUGGUGAUGAGGACUUGGUGCAGGAGCAACUACAUUCUGUUAGUGAUAGGAAAGGGAAGCAAGUGGUUGAGGAUUGUAACUCUGAAGAUGAGAAAUUAGAAGCCCCGGAGUCAGACGAGGAUGAGAUGAAGUUCAAUUUCAAAUCUUUUACGGCAGAAGAUAUGCAUGAUCCAAAGUUCCAUGUGGGUCAGCUAUUCUCAUCAGUUGAUUUGCUAAGAAGAGCAAUCAGGGAGUAUAGUGUGAAAGAGAGAGUGAGCAUCACAUUCCCAAGAAUGAUAAAAGUAGGAUUGGAGCUAAGUGUGAGGAUGGAUGUCCAUGGUAUCUUUAUGCCUCAUUGGACAAAAGGACAAAUUCAGUUAUGGUGAAAACCUUCAACAGUGUGCAUCAUUGUAGCAAGAAGUGGCAAGUGAGGGCAUUUACUGCCAAGUACAUUGCUAACAAGUAUGUGGAGAAAAUAAGAGCUAAUGAGAGGAUGACCCUCAAGGGAUUGGCAGCACUUGUGCAGGAAGAUUCCAACAUGACAAUUAAAAGAGGGAAGCUAGGGAGGGCCAGAGGACUAGCUUUCAAUAUUAUAUAUGGAGAUGAAAUAGCACAAUACAACAAGUUGUGGGACUAUGCAAAUGAGCUGAGGAGAUCCAAUCCAGGAAGUACAUUUUAUUUAGACCUUGUUGAAGAUGGCCAGUUUGAGAAAUGCUACUUUUCCUUUGAUGCUUGUAAGAGGGGUUUCCUAUCAGCUUGUAGGCCUGUUCUUUUCCUCGAUGGUUGUCAUUUGAAGACACAAUAUGGAGGCAUCCUACUUAGUGCAGUAGGAAUGGAUCCCAACGAUUGCAUAAUUCCUAUUGCACAUGCAGUGGUUCAGAGAGAAGAUACAAAGGCUUGGAGGUGGUUCUUGACAACUUUAAAGAAAGAUCUUGGUAUUGUGAACAAUGAUCUUUGGACUAUCAUGUCCGACAAGCAAAAAGGUCUAAUAAAGGCAGUGAAAGAACUGUUUAGUGGUUCCCCACAUAGAUUUUGUGUCAGGCAUCUUUGGCAGAAUUUCAACAAAAAUUUUAAAGGUGAGGCCCUCAAAAACCAACUCUGGAAAUGUGCUAGAAGUAGUACCGAAGGGAAAUUUAGACAUAACAUGAAUGAGAUGUUAGUUCUAAACAAAGAGGCACAUGAUUGGCUAGAGGAGUUGGACCCUCCAACAUGGGUUAGGGCAUUUCAAAAUGAAUUCCCAAAGUGUGAUGUCUUGUUGAACAAUAACUGUGAGGUGUUCAACAAGUAUAUAUUGGAUGCAAGAGAAAUGCCUAUAAUCAGCAUGUGCCAGAGGAUUAAAGGACAACUAAUGGGAAGAAAUCAUAGCAAGCUGCAAGAGGCCUUGAAGUGGCCUGGUACUAUAUGUCCAAAGAUAAGGAAAAAAUUGGACAAGAAUGUGGAAUUUGCUAGAACUUGCUAUGCUUCACCAGCUGGAUUGGGAAUCUUUAACGUCAAUGAUAGAGGUGUAGACUACGGGGUCGAUUACCAGUUGAGGAAGUGCAGCUGUAGGAGAUGGGAUUUGUCUGGCAUUCCAUGCAGCCAUGGAGUAGCUGCUCUUAGAUAUGACAAAAUCAAUCCAGAGGAUUAUGUUAAGUCAUGUUAUUCUAUUGCAACAUAUCGCAAGGCAUAUGAAAACAUUAUUAUGCCAUGCCGAGAUAUUAGUGAGUGGAGCAAAAUGAAUGGCAGAACUAUCGCACCACCACCAUUGGUAAAGCAGAAAGGAAGGAGGAGGAAGAACAGGAGAAAACAGCCAAAAGAGAAACAAGGGAAAAAAGGAGUAAAAAUUACAAGGGCAGGGGCAAUAAUCCAUUGCAGCUAUUGUGGAGUUGCUGGCCAUAACAUUGGUGGUUGUAUGGACUUCAAAUUAGGGUUAAAACCAAAGAAAAAAUCUGAAAGGGUCAGAGUGAGGGCAGAGCCUGAUGUUUCCUCCUCCUCGGAUGAGGAAGAAGCAGUUGUCACUCAGGAACAGAAUCAGCGGACAGAAGGUUUAAUUCAAGAGCCAGUACAUUUGUAUCAGCCUGAGAUAAUUAAUAUUUUAACACAGGAGAGAGAAGCAAGCCAGAGGGAAGCAAGCCAGAGGGAAGCAGUCCAUCAAGGUCCAUUACCAAAUUCUGUUUUCAUAGAGGAGCACAUCAUGUCUCAGCCACCAGUUAUCCCUACUACUGCAACAAAGGAGGGCAAUGUUCACAGGAAAAGAGAGGUUCUAGCAUUGGCAAAGCUGAGAGCCGCAGCUGAGAAAAGAGAAGUUGCAGACCUAGCAAAGUUUGAAGCAGCAAUGGCAAAGUUGAAAGAAGAAGAGGACAAAAUUAAGCUUGCAGCUCAAAAGAGAAAGGAAGAGCUGGAAGCUAAGAAACAAGCAGCCGAGGAAAAGAAAAAAACUAUACUAGAGGAAAAGAGACUUGCUGCAGAAGAGAAGAGAAGAGCUACUGAGGAAAAAAAGAAAAAAGCCCAAGAGGAGAAACUUGAAAUGGCAGAGAAGAAAAGGCAAAUGAUGGAUGAGAGAAAAAGAAAUGCAGAGAUAGAAAAACAAAAGAAGGCCGAGGAGAAGAGAAGGAUUGCAGAGGAGAAGAAAAUGAUUGCAAAUACAAAAUACCAGCAGGAGGAGGCAGCUUUUCUGAUACAUCAAGCAGAGGAGUUUGAGAGGCAGGAGAGUUGGAGAAAAUUUAAGGAGGCUGAGGAGGCUGCAAGGCAAAAUGCUUGGGAGCAGCAGAACAAUCAACAAGACACAACAAGGAAUGAAGAAUGGGAGCUGAGAAAGAGGAGAGCUGAAGAAACAAACAAGAAAGCCAUGGAUGACCAAAUGGCAGAUCAAGUAAGGAAGCAAGUCGUGUUGGAGGAACAAAUGAAAGAAAGAGCUGCAGGAACUAGUUCAAGGAUCGAGGAGGCAAGAUUUAAUCCUUGCGUUGUUCAAGGAAACAAGACAAAGAAAAAAACUGCACCUACCAAUCAGAACAUGACAUGUUUUAAGAAACCUAGAAAGGUUAACAUGUUCGACGAAUUUAGGUAAAGGGAUGUGAAGUUUGGAAUGAUCUUCAUCUCUUUUUGUGUUUCUGCUUAUGAUCAGGUGCAAAACUUGUAAUGGCAAUGUUUUGUUUAUGAUCAUUGUGUUGAUCAUGAAGUGUAAGAGGUGUCUUCUGAUUAGGAAACUACUAUUGCAGACCAUGUGUUAUUUAUACUGUGGAACUUAAUUACCCAGUUUUUUCAGCUGCAAAAAUCAUGUUUAUGUGUGCUUUAAUUUGUGUGAAUCUCUUGUUUCUGAGCUUCAACACUUUUUAUUCUCAUUCAGCAAAUGCUUUAUAUUUUAAACAGUGCAUUGUGCCAGUAGCGGUCUGUACUGUUAUUCUAUUCCAGUUCUAUAAACCAAAAUGCAGUCAACAUCGUUGAUUUUGUUUCGCCAUUUACAUUUAGCAAGUAUUGUUCAUUUUCAUGCUAAAAUUUCACAAAAAUCUAGUUCAAAUAAGUUCAUUUCAUUUCACUCAUAAACUAAAAUCACAAGUUGCUCCAUACAUACAACAAUUGGUUUACAAAAGCCAUAGCAACUUGACACACACAAGUACAUGAUCUUCAUGCACUGGACACAGAAACAGGACACACACUUGAUGCACUCCUCAAAGAGCAUCACCUGAGCCGUCAUUGCCAUCCACACUACCCAGCAUUGUGGUGAACUAAUGGGUCGUGUUGCACUUGUCUGACGACGGGAAGUAUAGCGACAGGUCACCUCCAUGCCCACCUCUGCGGCAGGACAGUGCACUUCUUCUCCAUGGCCGCCAAAAGCGCUGAGCGUCACCGCUGAACUACCAUCGCCGACAGCCGUCGCGAGCACCAACGAGCUCAUCCAGGGAAGCCGGCCGCGGAAGGAGAACGUGGCCGGUCUUCGGUCGGAAGCACGGCUGACGACGGGCGGGGCAGCGACGACUACGCCCGACGGGAGAGACGAUACGAGGCUGCCGCCCUCGCCUGAGACCGAGCUCACGGUCACGCUCGCGCCACCCAUGGGUGCGGGAGUUCGGCGAAAGGAGGUAUUUUGGGCGGCAGUGUGGCGCCGGCUACGCGAGUACGGCGGCGGAUGGAGGGAUUUGGGCGCCGCGGGAGUGUGCGAGGGUUAGGGAUUUGAGAGCGUAUUGGGGAUUUCUGCCCACCGGAGACCAAGUCAACUGACUAGUGGGCCCUACGAACGCUGACAUGGCCAGCCCAAUACGCUCUGUACAGCGAACUCGUAUGUUUCAGGUACGCCAGGACCUGUGAAUCAAAUUGGAGGACCGUAUGAGCACCGUAUGAACAAGUAUUAGGACCGUACUAGUACAGUUUCAGAGUUUGAGGACCGUUUUGGUCCUAACCAGCAAGUUUAGGGUGCACUAAUGCAUUUUACUCACUGGAAAAGGA